AUGUCUUCUUCUUCUUCUUCUUCUUCUUCUUCUUCUUCUUCUUCUUCUUCUUCUUCUUCUUCUUCUUCCCAUAAUCAGAUAUGUUAUUACCCCUUAUUGCUUUCCCCCUGGCUUUUACUUCCAUCUUCUCUAUCUGGAUUAUUAAGCUUCCCUAUACUUUUCUUCAUCUUCCACCUCCUCCUCCUCCUCAUUUCACAUCCGAUUACCUUUUCUUCUUUAUCACCUUCUUCUUCAAACACUUCAUUAUCUAUCUAUCUAUCUAUCUAUCUAUCUAUCUAUCUAUCUAUCUAUCUCAAUCCAUUAAUAUUUACCUCUGUUUUUUCACCUCUCUUUCUUUCUCUGUCUCUCUCUCUCUAUCUCUAUGAUUUCAGACUGUUUAUCUGUCUAUUGAUCUGUCUCUCUUCAUUAUCUAUAUAUCUAUCUAAGACUGUUCACUAUCUAUCUCAGCCUGCUCACUAUCUAUCUAUCUAUCUAUCUAUCUAUCUAUCUAUCUAUCUAUCUAUCUAUCUAUCUAUCUAUCUAAUUAGUUUCUUCAUAUCUGAUUCUCUCUUUCUCUCUCAUUUCAGUUUUUCAUUAUCUCUAUUGAUCUGCUUCAAUCACUUAAUAUCUAUCUAUCUAUCUAUCUAUCUAUCUAUCUAUCUAUCUAUCUAUAUAUAUAUAUAUAUAUAUAUAUAUAUAUAUUUCAAAGCUUCCCCAAAAUAA